AUGCCGCUGGCUCCGCUUCUUGCUGAAAAGAUUCCGGUUCUUCGCGUAGCGGCUCGGAAACUUUGGGUCCGCACGAUAACAAAGGCCCGCGAAGUCCGUCUGCGCGAAGUAGUCACACAAGUUCCUGCUCUCAUCACUCCAGCUCAUGUGCUAUAUGCAGUAUUUCUUUGGCUCUUCAUUUGGCUUCUCCGCACAUCUAUUCCAGCGUCCCAAGAGUCUCUUCAGAAGUACUAUUGCUUUGGUCCAGCAAUGUCGCCAAUGGAAAUGGACGCAAACACAUACUCACAGUGGCACCGAGGAUCGCCAUCUCCUGUCACUUUCAACACCCAUGUUGCUGUCGACGUAUCAAAUACAACGUCGAUUCGUCAUACCAAUUUAAAUACCGUGGUUGCAGGGACCCACGAAGACGAGCGCGUCUUGAUUCUGACGCCGGUCCGUGACGCUUCAACAUAUCUAAACAAGUACUUUGACUUGCUGAUGGCACUGUCGUAUCCACACAGUCAGAUUGACCUGGGGUUUCUGGUCUCGGAUACGCGUGAUGAAACCAUGGAGGUGCUAACACGUGAACUUAAGCGGGUUCAAAAUGGACCCAAGCCGUUCCGCUCAGUGGAAAUCUACAACAAGGACUUUGGCAUGACUCUCGACAACCUUAAUGUUCAAGAACGUCACGCCUUUGCUGCUCAGGCCCCGCGCCGUAUCGCCAUGGCCCGUGCUCGCAACUACCUGCUAGCUUCGGCUCUCAAGCCACACCAUUCGUGGGUCAUGUGGCGUGACGUUGACAUUAUCGAGUCGCCCAAGGGUAUUAUUGAGGAUCUGAUGCGCCACAAUACCGACAUUAUUGUCCCCAAUGUAUGGUUCCACCGAUAUGUGGACGGAGAAGAUAUUGAAGGUCGUUUUGAUUACAACUCAUGGCGCGAAACAGAUAAGUCGCGCGCGCUACUUGAAACCCUUGAUCCGGAAACGAUUGUUGUUGAAGGAUACAAAGAAUUUGACACUGGCCGAGAAUACAUGGCCACAAGAGGAGUCCGUGGCCACGACGAGCACGAGGAAAUCGAUCUCGAUGGCAUUGGAGGUGUCAACAUUUUGGUCAAGGCAGAUGUUCAUCGCUCGGGCAUUAACUUCCCAGCAUAUGCGUUUGAAAAUCAAGCUGAGACGGAGGGCUUUGCAAAAAUGGCCAAACGGGCAGGGUACCGUGUCUCUGGUCUUCCCAACUACAUUAUCUGGCACUUUGAUACAGACGAGGUCAAGGAAGAAGAAAAGGAGGAAGAAAAUAAAAGUGAAGAAAAUAAAGAUGAAGAAAAGAAGGAUGAAGGUGCAGAAGCAAAAGCCGGGGCAGAGGCAGAGGCAGAGGCAGAGGCAGAGGCAGAAGUUAAGCCAAAUGACGAAGAAAAGAAGAAUGAAGAGCAGCAAUAG